AUAGAUAUCCAAGAUUUACUUAUCAUUAAAUGAGUAUAUGUAUAAAUAAUAUUCUUAUUCUGGUAGCAUGAAAAUAUAUGCAGUGUAAUCCUCAUCAGUUUUGUGUAGGGGAUAAGAAUAUAAGAUGCCUGCAGAUUCUCGAUGUUAAUUACUUGCUUGGCCUCCUAUAAAUAAAAGUAUCUGAACAAUUUUUUCAUUUAUAUUCUUUGGGCAGAUGAUUCUUGUGUGUGUUUACAGAUUGCACUAACACAUGUUGAACUAGAUCUCUGAUUGAAGGCUAUAUACUAGAAGAAGAUUUUGACAUAGAAGGGCUUGUUGAAGGGAUCACUGAAGAUGGGACUUCUGACUCUCUUUGUUGCCUCUUCAAUGCCGGUGCUCAAGGUGCUUUUGGUGACUGCUGUUGGUUCAUUUCUUGCGCUGGACUAUGUCAAUAUAUUGACUGAGGAUGCGCGGAAGCAUAUCAACACUAUUGUGUUUUAUGUUUGUAAUCCAGCGCUGAUUACAGGGAACUUGGCGAAAACAAUAACAUAUGAUAGCAUGGUUAAGUUGUGGUUCAUGCCUGUAAAUGUCUUUCUCACAUUUUUGAUUGGUUCCUUUCUCGGUUGGCUGGUUAACCUAGUCACAAGACCUCCACCACAUCUUCGAGGCCUAGUUAUAGGCUGUUGUGCUGGAGGAAACCUGGGCAACAUUCUCAUCAUCAUAGUCCCGGCAGUUUGUAAAGAGAAAGGAAGUCCUUUUGGAGAUCCGAGCGUGUGUAGUACAUAUGGACUGGCUUAUGUUUCAUUAUCUAUGGCUAUAGGAGCUAUCUUUUUGUGGGUUUACGUAUAUAAUAUAGUGAGGAUAUCAGCAGAGGCAAGUUCUAUUGAUGUGUCCGGUUCCUCUGUUAGCGAAUACACAAGUGAAACAUCAACUGUAAAGCCAGAGAGCAUCACUGAACCAUUACUUUCUUCAAAAGAAUACAAUACAUAUGGAGACAGCGCAGAUUCAUUACCUUGCACUAGAUUUGAUGAAACAGAACAGCUGGGAUUAACUGAUAAACUAAAGCAGACCGUAGGGAAAUUCUCAAGCAAACUCAAUGUGAAGAGAUUAUUUGCCCCUUCAACCAAUGGAGCUAUCGUGGGGUUUAUAGUCGGACUCGUGCCUGUUCUAAGAAACUCAAUGAUUGGUGAUGAAGCACCUCUCCGCGUGAUUGAAGACUCGACUAUGAUGAUGGGAGAUGCAGCUGUCCCAGUUCUCACUCUAAUAAUUGGAGCAAACCUCCUGAAAGGUUUACGAGCAUCAGGAGUCCAGAAAUCCAUGGUUAUUGGAAUUAUUUUUGCUCGUUACAUUGCCUUGCCAAUGAUUGGAACCGUGGUUGUCAGAGCCGCGGUACGAUUUAAUUUGGUGCAUGCAGAUCCUUUGUUCCAGUUUGUUCUUUUGCUUCAGUUUGCAGUUCCACCUGCAAUGAACAUAGGUACAAUAACACAGUUAUUCGGCAAAGGUGAAUCAGAAUGUUCUGUUAUUAUGCUCUGGACUUACGUCUGUGCUUCCCUAUCACUGACUCUCUGGUCUACUUACUUCAUGUGGUUGGUUGCUUAAUAUGGAGAUUACAAAACGAACGAAACAAACCAGUAAGGUCAGUUUCAAAGGCUGAACAAAGAGACGUAUUCAUUCUUUAUUCGAUAUGUGUGUGAGAACUAGCAUAGCUCAGAUGAUCUAGUCUGAACCGAAAAAACGUAAGCUCUUGUUCAGCAGUUAUGGAUUAUUGCUUUGUUUACUCGUUCAACUUUCUUCGGCGGACAAACAUUUUUAAAGCAUGAAUGGGAAGUGAAUGUGUUUUGAUGAAAAUAAGUGUAGGUACAAUGAAUAUGAUGCAAAUUGCAAUGACGACAAUGGGUCUUUUGGGCCCCUUUAUUUGAAGG